AUGGAGAACAACGCUGAUUUGCCCAAGGAGCUCUUGGACCUCGAUCUCAUCAACUCGAAGCUGGUGCACGCGCUGAAGCAGCUGCAGCUGAACCGCAUCCGCGCGGAGAUUGAGCUGCACCAGAAGGUGCACGACCUGCACACCGAGUACCAGGAGAAGCUGGGCGAGUUUGACGCGAAGCGCAGCAAGAUCAUCUCCGGUGAUUACGUGCCCACCGAGGAGGAGACCAAGUACGAGUUCGUCGACGAGAGCUUCCCGCCGCCCAGUGAGAUCAAGGACAAGGGCAUUCCCCACUUCUGGCCGAUCAUCUUCCACAACUUGGACAUUCUCAGCGAGAUGAUCCAGGAGACGGACGAGCCGCUGCUCAACCACCUCGUUGACGUGCGCUCAGUCCUGCUGAAGGAGCCUCGGGGCUUCAAGCUCGAGUUUGAGUUCAGCGAGAACGAGUGGUUCAGCAACAAGGUGCUCACCAAGGAGUACUUCUACUCGGACAAGGUGGACCCCUUUGAGCCGCUGCAGAAUGAGGGGCUAAUCAUCGACCACACCGUCGGCUGCACCAUCGACUGGAAGUCGCCGGAGAAAAAUCUGACGAUGAAGAAGAUCUCGAAGAAGCUGAAGCACAAGGCGGACAACACGGUGAAGAGCGUCGAGAAGCUGGAGAAGGUCGACUCCUUCUUCAACUUCUUUGACCCGCCCAGAGAUAGCCUCGAGAAGGCCGACGAGGACACGCGCGAGCUGCUCGUCUCCGACUUUGACAUUGGCGAGACGCUCCGCCAGUCGGUGAUUCCCCGCGCCGUCAUCUACUUUACCGGCGAGGGCAUCGAGGAUGAUGACGACUACGACGAGGACAUGGACGAGGAGGACUUUGACGAGUACGACGAGGAUGAUGAUGACGACGACGAUGAGGAGGAGGACGACGACGAGGAGGAGACCGGCGGCGAGGGCGACAAGUCCGCCUCGAAGAAGCCGACGUCCUCAAAGCCCUCCAAGUCGCGCGGAGGCUAG